CUGCACUACGGGAGCCUCGUGGGCAGCAGAGCUUGUGCCCAGAUGGCAGCAGCUGCCUGGGGCAGUGGCUUUCUCAAUGCUGUCCUGCACACGGCCAACACAUUUUCCCUGCCCCUCUGCCAAGGCAAUGCUGUGGACCAGUUCUUCUGUGAAAUCCCCCACAUCCUCAAGCUCUCCUGCUCAGAUGCCUACCUCAGGGAAGUUGGGGCUCUUGUGUUUAGUGUAUUUUUAGGCUGUGCUUGUUUUGUUUUCCUUGUGUUGUCCUAUGUGUUGAUCUUCAGGGCAGUGCUGAGGAUGCCCUCUGAGCAGGGCCGGCACAAAGCCUUUUCCACGUGUCUCCCUCACUUGGCUGUCAUCUCCCUGUUUGUCAGCACUGCCGUGUUUACCUACCUGAAGCCCAACUCGAUCUCUUCCCCAUCCCUGGACCUGGUGGUGUCAUUUUUAUACUCGGUGGUGCCUCCAGUCUGCAAGGAAGUCACCCUGGAUGAAUAG